CCACCCACCAAAUCAGUUCUAACUUCUCCAAACCUUCCCUUCAAAUAAGUCACAUUUCUCAUAGAGAGAGAGAGAGAGAGAGAGAAUGGAUCAACAGACUGUGACUAAAUUCAUAAACUCUGAGUUUGUGAAGAAAGCCACACAGUUGCUGCUCUCAGUUUAUGUGUUUUCCUUCUUAUUUUCCUAUGCCUCAUGGUUUUCUUCCUCCUUCCACUCCUUGACCAACUUCCAACUCUUAAGCCACAUGAUGGACAAAAACUGCAUUUUUCUCAUUUUCAAUGGAAUCCUAGUGUUCAUUGCCAAGACCUCUGGCCUCAUCAGUUCUUCACCUGCGUGUGAUCACAGCAACCAGUUGUUAUUCAAGAGACCAGAGCCAGAUACCGAUUCCUUUCUGGAGAAAGAAAUUUCCAUAGAUCGUGCUGAGCCUCUAGAAGGUUCUCUUCCAGAAGAAGAAAAAGAGAAAAGUGAUGAAGACUUGGUUAAGGAAGAACAAGAAGCACAAGUAGGUGGAAUUAAUAAUCCAAGUGUUGAAGAUGAAGAGAGUGAUCAGAAAGAGAUGGUUAUUGAUGGUGUCUUCAGAAUCCAAGAAGAAGAAGAAGAAGAAGGUAACGGGUUCAUGAGUACAGAAGAACUGAACAGGAAAUUUGAUGAGUUCAUAAGAAAGAUGAAGGAAGAAAUCAGGAUAGGAGCUCAACAACAAGUAGUUAUGGUUCAGCAAUAAUAUAAUUGUUGACGAUCGCGCCAAUCUAUAUGAUUUUGUGCAUAAAAAAUCUGUAUGAAUAUAGUAGUGUAAAUUUUUCUUCUUCUCAUCAUGUUAGGCAUGCAGUUGUGUGCUAGAUAAUAUUAGUGAGGUGGUUUUCUUUUCUUUUGUUUUUGAAGUUUUGGUUUGGUUGUGCUUUCUGGUUGAUGUGGUGUUCUUCCAAGCUUUGAGUACGUAAAGAAUCUUUGUUAACAAAACUUUCUAUUUUGGACAUUUUUCA